CGCAACAAAACAUUAACAGAUUUCCCUAACAUUAGUUAUUUGUAGUUAUUUUUGAGUUUUAACUAACUUAAUAUGAUAAUGCAUUUUAAAAAGAAACUUGUUUCUUUUAUUGUCACAACAGAACAGAGGAACAUCAAAAUAUAUUAAAGUUCUGAUAAAUAAAAUGUAUAAAAAUACAAACUUAUUUAUUACUAUCAUCAUCAUUUAUAUUAUCAUUAAACAAGAUAAAGGUCACUCCUAAAUGUUUGUGUGCGUGUGUAAUAAUUAGUCCCUACAUUGCCUUCCCCACUAACACAGAACAUUUUAGGGAACGUUAGGAGAACGUUUGGUGUAACCAAAAACUAACGUUCCCAGAACGUUAAGCAAACUUUCCAUGGGAACCAAAACCUAACCAAAAACCUUCAGGGAACGUUCGGGAACCAAAAACUAACGUUCCCGUAACCAAAAACUAACGUUCCCAGAACGUUCUGGGAACCAUAAAUUGUUAGCUGGGUUAUAAGCUACCUUAUAAUUACAAUGUCAGCUUGCUUAUCCCUUUACCUGCACUUUUUAAAUUCUUUCCACCAAGCUACAUCAAACCAUUUUCAAUCAUCAGUUGCUGCCUGCCUUCUAAAACCUACUAUUUAGCGAUCUAAAUCCAUUAUGUGACUCGUUAAUGCUGCGGCUGAACGACAGUCUGCAACGCACACUUGGCGUCAUUGGAUUUCACACACAUGUAAAAGAAAAGCUAACUUUUAUGCACAAGCUACGUUUGAUACUUUUUCUCUAUGUCUAAAUGUUCACUCCUCGCAAGUCUAACUUACAUUUUACAAUGCAGGGACUGUAACUAGAGAUAUGCUAGUUAUAAAUACAGUAAUCAUUACUUUAUUUAGGCAGAAUAAGUUCGUUGUGGUUUCCAAGCUCAUUAAUGUUAACGUUAGCGGUCUUCCACUGAUAGUGGCAUUAGCUAGCUUUGUGGUUAGCUAGUCUAUGAUGAGCCAUAAUUUAGCAAUGGAUAACGUCAUACUGCAAAUUGUAAAACAUACAUUUUCAAUAUAACAGGCCAAGGAGAGAUGAUACGUCUCAUUGCUAUAACUGUCACGCUAUUAAAGAAAUACUUCAGUCUCAUUGUCAAAAGUUAAAAGGACAGUCAGUCAACUACACUGUAACAACGUAACGUAAUUACUAGCUAAUUCCGCUUCACUCUCGGCUUAUUUAACAGCAGCAAAACUGGACAUGAUAGUCACGAAUUUUGUCAUGCUUAUUUGAGUUAAGAGAACUGAUGGGGAUGUUCUUUUAAUUGUUAUUCAAGCAAUGUAUGUCUCGUGACCAACUCACCAUGAACACACUUCACCGAUGAUCUCACUCCGACUCUGGCUGGAUCAGCAGGUUGCAGGAUGUGUGGCGCGUUAUACACGAGUGUUGCCAACAGGGAUGGUGUAGAGUGCCCUCUGGUGGACAAACUAUACAACGCCAACACUCAUGACAUGGUUGAAGGGUGUUUCGUCCGUUUUUAUUUUAUUUUUGAAAUAUUCAUUUAUCGGCCAUUAUAAAUGCCGAUACCGAUAGUUUGGAAAAUGCCUAAUAUCGGCCGAUAAUAUCGGCCUGCCGAUAAAUCGGUCGGGCUCUAAUGAUAAUUACUGAAAUAAAUAAAUAAAUUGAAGCUAAAUGGAAAUAUUAAAUAAUUAAAAACUAAUGAAAAAGACUAAAUCAUAAAAAUAGCAAAAUUACUAAAACCUAAGCUGAAAUUAAAUGAACAUAUGAAAAUUUAAGAUAAUUCAGAAUAGUAAGAACUGAAAAACAGAAAUAGAAAUAGAAAUAUUUUUUAAAAUCCAAAACCAAUAAAAAUGUAAAAACCAUAAAAAUAGCAAAAUUACUAAAAUCUAAACUGAAAUUAAAUUAAAUCUGAACACAUGAAAAUGUAAGAUAAUUCAGAAUAGUAGAAUAACUACUAGUUUUUGGUAAAUAAAUCUAAAAUAAAUAAAUCUAAAAUAAAGUUUGGGAAAAAUGGUUUGGGAUUUUAAACUGCAACAAGCGUAAGCUGAAGUAAAAUUACUACAAAGUAAAACUGGAAAAUAAAAAUAAAGCUGAAUAGAAAUGUUAAAACAAUAACUAAUCAAAAUGACAAUACACACAACAAAAUGACAAACUUAAACUAAAAAAAAAAAAAAAAAGAAAAUAUGGAAAAUUAAGUUAAAUUAACGCCAGUUCAGAAUACUGACAAAUGUGUAUAAAUAAUAUUAAAAUAACUAAAUAAGAGGAAGAAAUUUCUUCAACAGCAUACAGGUUUGAAACAACACAGGUGGCAAAUUUUUUAUUUUGUAUGCACUGUACCUUUGAUAUUAUGAUUAAAUUGAACAAACAAAUUUGAUUUUAUGACAUACACGGUGAGGACAUGAAAAUCUACUUCAUAAGUGUCACUCACUUUCUCGCUCCCUCUCGCCCUCCACCCUUCAGUCCGAGCUGACCCGUCGGGUCUCGCGUUUAACCAGCGGUUUUCUAAUUGCUUGCUGGGAUUUAUGCGAAGGGCAGGGGCCUGUCAAGACUGUGUGAAUAGGUAGGUGGGGCAAAUCUUGUGACUUUUCCGCCUCCCUCCCCCUCCGGUGUGUGCGCGCGGGGGGCAGACGAGCGGGACUCACCCCCGCCGGAUAAACGGUGGCAGGUGAUUGGACAGAACCAUGGUGACAUGCAGCAGCGGAGGCUGCACUGAGCCGCUCUCUCUAAUUACCUCAUUUGAGCUCGGCUGCAGACGGAGAGAGAGAGGAAGCUCGCUGCUCCCGCCAGAUACUUGCGUUUAUGUUUUACGCUCACUCAACUCUUGAGAAAUGCUGUGCACUCAGCCCUACAUAAGCUGCCGAGCUUGUCCCAAAUCACAGCCCUGCCUGCCGGCCAGCACAGGGGUAAUCAAAGUGUACAGUGAGGACAACACCAGCCGCGCAGUGGAGGUGCCCAGUGACAUCACUGCCCGGGACAUAUGCCAGCUCUUCAUCCUGAAGAACCACUGCAUUGAUGACCACAGCUGGACCCUGUUUGAGCAGAUCCCACAUCUGAGUAUCGAGAGAACCAUAGAAGACCAUGAGUCGGUUAUGGAGGUUCAGUCAGGCUGGGGAAUGGACUCACACUGUUGUCUGUACUUCAGGAAGAAUUAUGCCAAAUACGAGUUCUUCAAGAAGCCUCUUGACUUUUUCCCAGAGCACAUGGUGUCUAUAUCCAGUGAAACCAAUGGAAUCAUGAACCACUCACAACUUAUACAGACCUUUCUCAGCUCCAGCUCUUGUCCUGAGAUUCACGGGUUCCUCCACGCCAAAGAGCACGGCAGGAAAUCAUGGAAGAAGUUCUACUUUGUGUUAAGAAGAUCAGGACUGUACUUCUCCAACAAGGGCACAUCAAAGGAACCCAGACAUCUGCAGUUCAUUGCCGAGUUCAGCGACAGCGACGUCUACACGUUAUUAUCUGCCAAAAAAGUUUACGGCGCCCCGACAGACUAUGGCUUUUGUGUGAAGGCAAGCAAGUCAAAUUCUGCACGUGACCUGAAACUGCUGUGUGCGGAUGAUGAGCAAACUAGGACGUGUUGGGUUACAGCCAUGCGCCUCUUCAAGUACGGCAUGCAGCUUUACCAGAACUUUGUCCAACCCUAUCAGAAGCAGAAGAGUUCUCCAAUGAGGAGCAUCUCGGAGAACUCACUGGUGGCAAUGGACUUCUCAGGACACAAGAGUCGGGUGAUCGAGAACCCGUCCGAGGCGCUGUCAGUGGCUGUGGAGGAAGGCUUGUCGUGGAGGAGGAAAAGCUGCCACAGACUGAGCUCUCAUGGUAGUCCGUCCACCUCUCAGAGCUCCAUGUCCAGCAUAGCUAUCCAUGUGGCUCAGCCGUGGUUUCACAGCAAACUGUCCCGGGACGAGGCUCAGAAACUAAUCACCCAGCAGGGCCUUAUCGAUGGAGUGUUUCUGGUAAGGGACAGUCAGAGUAACCCAAGGACAUUUGUUCUGUCACUGUGCCAUACGCAGAAAAUCAAACACUUUCAGAUCGUACCGGUUGAAGAAAACAGCGAGCUCUUCUACAGUCUGGACGACGGACACACACGUUUCACUGACCUGCUGCAACUAGUUGAGUUUUACCAGCUGAACCGAGGCGUUCUGCCCUGUAAGCUCAAACAUCACUGUGCCCGCAUCACCCUCUGAACCGUUGCGGGACCUUCUGGACAUCAGCUUGUGCCUUGGACAGGAAACCCUUUCACUGUCCACCCCCUGAUGAGCAUUGGGGUCUGAACUUAAAGACUUUGAUAUGGACGAGACUGGACUUCUGAGGACCCUAAUUUUCAGCGAGGGAUGAUCGUCUGUGGUGCGGCAAUGUAGAUGGGAAUGUAUAAUGAACUAUAUCCUGAUACAAACACUCUCAGUGUGGAUGAGACCACCUUAUUAAGCUAUCAAUCAAAGCUGAUGUUUAACAGCAGACCGUCUGGGUCUCUGUACGGUGUGAACAAACUGAAGUCGGGUGCACGUGCUACGAUUUUUACUGUCAUUUUGCAGUCUAAGACUAAUCUUGGGUAAAAGAUUCAUUUCGGCAUGAGUAGGGUAAAAAAUGCUGCACAACCCUGAUUUUUAAAAAUAAUAAUAUUAAUAAUAAUAAUAAAAUUUUAUUGUGAUAUUAAAAAAUGAUUUUGAUUAAAUAAAAAAUAUUACACCUAUUAAUUUUUGCCAUCUAAGACUAAUCUUGAGUAAAAAAAAAACUGACAUAAGUAGGGUACAAAAUACUGUACAACUAAUAAAUAAUUAUUUGUAUUAUUUUAUCAUUAUUAUUAUUAUAAAAAUACAUUUUGUAUUAAAUAAAAAACAAAACCUAUUAUUUUUUGCCAUCUAAAACUAGUCUUGGGUAAAAAAAAUAAUCAGCAUGCAUAGGUACAAAAUACUGCACAGCCCUGAUUUUUAUUUCAACAAAUCUUUAAUAUUAAUAAUAAUAAUAAUAAUAAUAAUAAAAUUAUUAUUAUUUAUUAUUGCAUUUUUAUUGUGAUAUAAAAUUUAAUUUUGAUUAAAUAAAAUUGUAUUUUCUUAUGACAUAUAACUUUUUUCCUCUCUAUUUCUUUCCUGUUUAUUUUUGGCCUACAUGUUAUGUUUCUGGUUGAAUCAAACAGCAUUGAAAUUAUAAAUAAAAUUAUUAUUAUUAUUAUUAUGAUUAUUAUUAUUAAUUCAUUAUUUUUAAAAUUUGACAUUUUGAUUAAAUAAAAAAUAUUACAACUAUUAUUUUUUGCCAUCUAAGACUAAUCUUGGGUUAAUAAAAUAAUUUGACAUGAAUAGGGUACAAAAUAGCCCUUUUUUCCAACAAAUCUUUAAUAAUAAUAAUAAUAGUUAUUAUUAUUAUUAUUAUUAUUAUUAUUAUUAUUAAUUAUGUUUUAUUAUUGCAUGUUAUUUUUUAAUGUAACAAAUAAUUUUAUUAUCAUUAAAUAAACAUAUUGCUUUUUUUUCCAUGUAAGACUAAUCUUGGGUGAAAGAUUUCUUUCAGUAAGUAUAGGAUACAAAAUACAAACCUGAUUUUUUUUCAACCCAUUCGUGACAAUUUUAUUAUUAUUAUUAUUAUUAUUUUGACAUUUUAUGUCACAAAAUACUUAAUUAUUAUUAAAUAAAAAUCCUAGAGAAAAUAUAGAAAAAAGUAUUACAUAAAAAAAACUUUGAUUUACAUUACAAGCUGGUUCCCAGUUGAUAAUUUUUUUAAUAAAAAUAAAACAAAAAAAUUAAUGGAGUUAACAUCUAUUUGGGCAACAAUAGAGCAACCAACAAGGAUCUAAAAUAUCCAGCUAAUACUGUCAAUCAUGACCCAAGUUUAAGCUAAGAUGUAUAAGAUGUACAGCAUGACUUAAAUUUAACAUUUAUUGCACAGAGUGACAAUAAAAAUCAUCCCAUGUGCACUCGGCUUAAAACGGUGUGGUAUAGCCAUAAUCUGAAAACACUUAAUAAGCUCAAACUCUUGCUGUUUUCCAGGGGUUCCUUUUUAUUCUUUUAAUCAUGCGUCAGAAAAAUUCAGGUAUUUUAUAAACGACGUGUUUGUUGCGACAAAUGUCCUGUUUGCUGAAGAGAAUCUGUAUCCGUGCAUGCCGUAGACAACGACUCGUCACCAACGCACAUAACAUGAACACUUGACAUUAUCCUCUGCUGUAUCACGCCGUGGAAUGUAUCACUUCCUCCCGACGACAGCCGACGACGGCCAACACGGUUUACAUUCAGGAGCUGCACGCACGGGUGAGAGAAAUCACGACACGACGGAUGACAGAUCAAACAAUUGUUGUACAUUUGAAACUGAUUUUUAUAGACACGUGGCAGGAUUCAGGUAAACGGCGUCACGCACCUGAAUUGGAACAUUUGUAAUAGUAAAUCGAUCAAAAGUGGCGGUUUUCCAGGAGAGACGCAACUUCAUUUUUUAUGAAAACAAACCUGACAUGACAACACAGAUCCGGCAGAGCUCGUGUAAAAACUAAUAAUCAAUCCGUUUUAAAUAGCCAAUGUAAGUGUACAAUAACCAAGCUAUAGACUCUAGAAUAAAUGACUUGAUAAGACAAACUAAUAAACUGUCCAAAUGACUGUCAUGGGCUGCGAUUUCUGUUGUAGAAAUGAACAACUGGUGUGUUUUCUGUGUCCUCUCGGAUCUUUUCUGUAUAUGUUUCUUGUAGAAUGACUUGUAAAAUGAACACGAUAUUAUAAAUUGUUUUACAGCUGUGUAUUAAAAGAACAAAAGAAGAAAAAAAAAAAUCAAAAAAAGCAUUUAAAAACUUUCUGAUGGCCAAGGUCAUAAUUGCACUGUAGUUGGAACACUGGUAACUUGAUUUCUGAUCCAGUAUAUGAUAAGAUUUCUUUUUCUCUGACUGUUAGUUUUAUUAUUGUUGUUAUUAUUUUAAUAUUUAGUUCUAUUAUUGCUGUCAUAUUCAUCUAUAUCUUUUUUUCUACAGCUGUGUGAAUGCUGGAUUGUACAGUCUGUGUAUCUUCUCAGUUCAUGCUUUCUGUACAGUGCAAUCUCACAAAACCUCAAGAACUAAGAUGCAAGUCACAAAAAAAAAAAAAAAAAAAAAAAAAGAUGAUUAAGCACAUUUUCCCCAAGAAUUCUCAUUACUGCAAUACAGAAAUUAAUUAAAAUUAUGAAAUGGGUAAUCAUCCUAAAACUGAAUUUUUUUAUGAUGUAUAAUUUUUGUUCUCUAUUUUUUCCUGUUUAUUUUUAAGUGAAAUUUGGCCUACAUGUUAUGUUUGAAAUCAUUGAAAUCAUACCACAAGUCAUAUUUCCAGCAUAUGACAGUCAGAUCGUAUCUGAUUCACUAUUCAAUGUUGCUUCCUUGUUAUUUUCAGUGCAGCACUGAACUGUGUUGUUGUUUUUCAUGAAUAUGAAACACAUUUUUGUACUUUUAUUUCCUGUAUGUUUCAUGACACUGACAGCAAAUAAACUUGAAAAACCUUGUUCCAU